GUGCGAAAGACAACAAACAACAGUUCUCCAUAGCUCAGACGCAAAGGAACAUUGAAAGAGAAGGAGAAGAGAAAAGAUGCAGAGAGCUAAAGGUUUAAUAAAAGCAAAGCAGUCAUUUCAAAGACUUGGGUUUCUCCCCCAUCAAAGAUGCUUCUCUGCUCAGCCACUCUACGCCCCAUAUGAUGAUUUCCAAGACCAGGUUUUAGUGGAAGGAAGAGCUAAAUCAAGAACAGCCAUUCUCAAUAGACCUUCUGCUCUCAACCCACUUACCAACUCAAUGGCAUCUCGGUUGAAGAAAUUGUAUGAAUCGUGGGAAGAGAACCCCGACAUUGGAUUUGUCUUAUUGAAGGGUAGUGGCAGGGCUUUCUGUUCUGGUGUUGAUGCUGUUUCUCUCUAUCACUCACUUAAUGAAGGGAACGUUGAAGAAUGUAAAAGUUUUUUUGAGACGCUGUAUAAGUUCGUAUACAUACAAGGAACAUAUUUGAAGCCACAUGUGGCAAUCUUGGAUGGUAUAACGAUGGGAUGUGGAGGUGGAAUGUCUCUCCCAGGGAUGUUUCGUUUAGUGACUGAUAAAACUGCUUUUUCUCAUCCAGAGACUCAAUUGGGGUUCCAUCCGGAUGCAGGGGCUUCAUUUUAUCUUUCUCGCCUACCUGGUUACUUAGGGGAAUGCUUAGCACUAACGGGAGAAAAGCUUAAUGGCAUCGAAAUGAUUGCCUGUGGCCUGGCUACCCACUAUUGUUUAAAUGCUCGACUUGCUUGGAUUGAAGAACAUCUGGGUAGCUUGAUGAACGAUGACCCUACUGCCAUCGUGUCUUCUCUUGCACAGUACGGUGACAUUGUUUAUCCAGAUAGGAGCAGUAUUCUUCACAGGAUUGAGACGAUCGAUAAAUGUUUCUGCCAUGACACCGUUGAGGAAAUUAUUGAUUCUCUGGAAACCGAGGCAGGUGGAACCUAUGAUGAUUGGUGCAAGACCAUGCUCGGAAAAAUGAAGGAAGCCUCACCAUUGAGCUUGAAAGUCACUCUACGAUCUAUACGAGAAGGUAGAUUUCAAUCUCUUGAUCAGUGUCUAGCACGAGAAUAUAGGAUGUCCCUUGCUGGGAUCUCCAAACAGGUCUCUAAUGAUUUCUUCGAGGGCGUUCGGGCUCGGUUAGUGGACAAAGAUUUUGCUCCCAAGUGGGAUCCUCCAAGGCUGGAAGAGGUGAGCAAAGACAUGGUGGAGUACUAUUUCACCCCACUUGGGGAAUUAGAGCCCGAAUUGCUUCUGCCAACAGCAUUGAGAGAACCUUUUAUGUGAAACAUUUCUUUCUUGGGAAACUAUGAGAUUUUU